CGAGAACAACAUCACACUGCUCCAGCUUCCACGUUAAGAUAUAAUACUAUUCGAUCUCUUCUCACAGAUUGCUCAACACAGCUUCAUUGCGACUAGAUCUAGCAUUUGCAAGAUUUCCUGGACAUACAUUUUACUUGAACGAACAAGGACAAAGUCACAAGAUGGCACCUCACGCUGAAGAACCAAAGCCAGAUACAGGUGUCGAUCUCAUUGCGCAUGACGGCACAGUAUACGGCGACUGGCGUGACGAUUUCCACAAGAAUGGGACAGCGAUCAUUAAAGGUGCCAUCUCUCCCGAACGCGCAGAAUACUACAAAGCAAAACAAAUCGAAUGGCUCCAAUCUUUUGGCCGUGGCUUCGAUCCCAAUGACGAAUCGACCUGGACACAAGACCAUCUCCCUGUGAGCUUCAAGGGUGGCAUGUACUUUGCUUACUCUAGUACACACGAGAAAUUUGUCUGGGAAGCACGCACCGAACCCAAGGUUCUUGAGACCUUCUCCAAACUCUGGGGCACCGAUGAGCUCCUGUGCUCGUUCGACGGCAUGAACAUUACCUUGCCUCGCCAAAAGGACCUCAAGUGGAGUCCCUGGCCACAUUGCGAUCAGUCGCCACACCGCAAGGGAAUGCAGUGUGUACAGGGCCUGCUGAACUACCAGCCUAACGGAUCGAACGAUGGCGGUCUGAUCUUAAUGAAGGGUAGCAGCAAGCUCUACGACGAGUUCUUCCGCGAGAAGAGGGAGCAAGAUAACCACGAGGAUAAGCCCCCAGAGGAGGAGGACUUCAAAGACCUGUUCAUCUUCAAGGAUGAGGAUGUCAAAUGGUUCCAAGACCGUGGAUGCACACUUGAGAAAGUCAAUCUUGAGCCUGGUGACUUGGUACUCUGGGACUCUCGUACUAUGCACUAUGCCAGCUUCCCUCAGGGUGACCGCAUUCGCCACGUCCAGUAUGUCUGCAUGACGCCUGCGAAGUUUGCAAAGAAGGAGGAUCUGGAGCUCAAGGCUGAGCUGUUCAAGACAUGGCAAGGUACCACGCACUGGCCGCACUGCAACAUCCGCAAGCAGGGCGUUCCAGAGAGAGAUGGUGUACCCGAUCCGCAGAAUAGAUCGGAGCCAUUGGAGAAGCCUGUCGUAACAGACAGAAUCUUGCAAUUGGCUGCUGUCAAGGCUUACUAGAUUUGAAAUCUUACUUCCAUAAUAACUUUCAAC